AUGUUCGCGAAACUGCUCAACUGUCAAGGGGCGACCGUGCGGGCACUUUGGCACCAGCAUGCUGGCCUAAAAACAUCUUCUUUACGAUUUGAACGAACCACACACAACCCAACCACUGCGUCCACAAAUGCAGCAGCUGGUCUCGGAUCUUUGACGGCUGGUGCAGCAGAAACAGCCAGCCCUAGUCCUUUGCAGCCGACGCCUCCGAUCGCCUUUCCACCGCCGUCGCCUAUUCAGGGAAAACCUGAACUCAUCCCCGGCAUCGCCCUUACCGAGUUUGAAGAAAGGCGAUAUCGUUUACUGGAUUUGAUCAGAUCUGCCAGCGAUGUCAGGAGCAAGGACAGCAUCAACUAUAUUGUGGUUUUGGCCUCAUCGGCGAUGAAAUUCUCGGCCGACCGCACCCCAUACAGUUUCCGCCAGAACACAGACUUCUUGUACAUGACAGGAUGUCAGGAACCAGAUUGUGCUCUGGUUAUUCUGAUGCUUUCUGGACGUAUGCGCAGUAUUAUGUUUUUGCAACCCAAAGAUCAGCCGAUACCGCAAUGGGGCGGCGUCCAGGCCGGUGUCGAAGGAGCCCCUAUGGCUUAUGGGGUUGACGAGGCUUAUCCCUACUCGCAUAUCACUAGCUACUUGAGCGGUUUAUUGAAAUCCGAGCGCCGCUUUUCGAUGUGGUUCGACGAGCGCGAAUGCGAACAUCCUGGUACUGCCAAAGUCCUGGACGAGGCCAGACGCAAUCAUUCGACAGCUCUAUUUAGAUCACCAGCUGCUCAUGUCCAGAAGAUGAGGCUGGUCAAAUCUCCUGCUGAAAUUGCCAUCAUCAGACGGGCUUGCGAGAUUACGGGCAAGGCGUUUAAUAACACUAUUGCAGCCAGCAGACCAGGUAUGAAUGAGCGUGCAAUCCACGCCCGAAUUGACGCCGAGUGCCUAAAAUUGGGAGCAAAACGCCUGGCCUAUCCUCCAGUUGUGGCAGGCGGUGCCCGGGCUAAUAGAAUACACUACACAGACAACAAUAGGCAGAUCGCCAAAGGAGACUUAGUGCUUAUGGACGCAGGUUAG